AUGGCUAGUACUCGUGAUUCCCAUUCAUUCGCUUGCGAUGAAUGUCGCCUCCGGAAAUCCAGAUGCUCAAAAGAGCGACCAAUCUGUCUGCAAUGCCGACAGCUGAACAAGGAGUGCAAGUACAGUCCUAAAGUGUCUAGGAGUCCCCUGACUCGACAGCACUUGACAUAUGUUGAAGACCGGCUGCACUCAUUUGAAACUGCUUUGAGCAGGCUUUUUCCUGGAGGAGACCUGGAUGCAACUCUUCGCUCUCUUUUGCAGAACCAAGAUACUCCGAAAGCACCUUCAUCUAAAUCCUCUUCAAGGCACUCGACUCCAGCAAGACCUGAAGCCGAACGGGCCGAGCCACCUCCGGAAGCGCUGCCAUUGCAAGCUGAUGGCUUUGACUGGGCAGAGAAAGAGCUUACACUUGGCGAUUUGACUGAUGGCAUGGCUGCAUUGUCAAUCAAACCUGAGGGAGCUGGCUAUUUUGGCGCCUCAUCUAGUGUCGUGCCGCUAAGAGCUCUUUUUGACCAUGGAUUUGAUCUGAACAUUCCUGUCCGCUCAGUGAGAUCCGGGGGCUUUCCUCUUAAAGCCCAGCUUUUGGAGAGUGCGCCAUCAGGCCUCAUCGAACAAGCAUUUAUUGAUGCAUAUUUCCUCAACUACCACACAAGUUAUCCAUUCGUUCAUGAACCCACAUUCCGGGCUCAAUUUAACGACCCAUCCUUACGCCCCCAUGGAACUGCCUGGCAGAUCCUUCUAAAUACGAUUUUAGCCCUAGGCGCAUGGAGCAUUGGCGAUGACAGCUCCGACCUUGAUGUCACAUUCUACCAAGAAGCAAGAGCAUGUCUACAACAGGCAUCUGUAUUUGAGACGGGCAAUUUGACCCUCGUCCAGGCACUGUUGUUACUGAGCAACUACGCCCAGAAACGAAACAAGCCCAAUACAGGCUGGAACUAUCUUGGUCUAGCUGUUCGAAUGGCGAUGAGCUUGGGACUUCACAAAGAAUUUCCCGGCUGGAAGAUCAGUUUGCUGCAACGCGAAGUUCGCCGCAGACUGUGGUGGGGUGUCUUCAUUUUUGAUAGUGGUGCCGCCAAGACCUUUGGAAGACCGAUUUUGCUUCCAGAGGAGUGUGUGAUGGAUGCAAAACAGGUCAUGAACAUUCAUGACGAUGAUUUGACUCCGGCAACAACGUCACUCCCUUGUGAAUCUUCAGGUCCAACACUUUACUCCGGCUUGAUUGCACAGGCCCGCUUUCAUCUCCUCACGAACAGUGUCUACCAGCGUCUGAUCUCAAGCCCAAGUGUCACCCCGGAAGAAACAUUGAAUUUGCAAAAGCCCAUGGAAGAAUGGUAUAACAGUCUACCUGCCUACCAUCAUUAUCCUCUUCAACCUCUUGCCGUGAACCAAACCAAGCUCGACUCAGACAACCUCGCUCUCGUUCGCAAUCGUCUACUGUGGAGAAACUGGAAUCUUAUUAUCUUGAUUUAUCGUCCAGUUCUACUUCGCUGGGCAGCCCGGCGAUGGGCUCCACAAAGUGGUAGCCCUGAUGGGUCAUCCACCAGCUCCGACGGAGGCACUGAAGAUCCCUGUGAGACGGAAUGUCGAGUGCGCUGUCUACAGAAUGCACGUUUGACGAUUGCUUCUAUCUCGGAGUACAUGGACAACCACAUUUGCACCAGAAUAGGCGCUUGGUAUAUGCUCUACUUCCUUUUCCAAGCUGGCCUCAUUCCCAUCGUUUUCCUCAUGACCGACCCCUCAAACCCAGAAUCCUCACUUUGGCUACAGGAUAUCGAAACAACCAAAGCCCUUCUGAACCAUCCAUCGAUCGGCAACAACCACUUCGCCUCGCGAUGCUCCGAAGUCAUUGACCGCCUCUUGGGCCCAACCAGCAUGAUGUCCGGUCUACCUUCAAACCCACAGCAACAGGCUUAUCAGCUGCCCGCCCAAGGAUUCAUGCCAUUCCCAGAACAGCUGUUCAACGAACAAGGAUUCCCGGGUAGUUUUUUCCAGACAAACCUCCCGAUGCCCAGCCCUGGAGGAAUGGACUUUUCAGAAUGGGUGAAUUACCCAGUACAGGAACAAUAG